CAUCCUGACGGAUCCUGAUCACCUUGAUAAAAAUAAUGAAGUCCGUUUGAUUCACGUUUAGUCACCCCCCCAGGAACUGCCGAUACAAAGAGGUCCUCUGAAGGCGCUGCCAGCAGCCAGAUGUCGCGUGGAGCAUAAACAAGCGUAGUUAGAGGAUGCGGGAUGCAGGAGAAGUGAAGGAGCACCUUAGUCACUGACCACAAGUCGCUGGCGUGAGUCAAGCCUGUCUGUGAGGCAGAGUCAGACAGUUUAUAGGAAGCCGCAGGCAGCUUCCCUCCCGCGGGGAACACGCCAACACGGUGAUGAGCGUCUGUCAACAAAGUGAGACGACUGUUGACUGCACCGUCGUCUUCAGCAGCAUCACGGCCGCUUUAAUGGCGCUGUAGCAAAGUGCCAGCUUAUUAUACUGAGCUUGAGUGUGGGGUCAGUUUGAGGCUCAGCAGAUGCGAAGGGAAUGUCCCGUGUGCUUGUUUGAGCCACUUUAGGGCUGCGAUGGAGUCACAUGUAACAGUCAGUCCUGAUGCAAAAAGAGGAUCAGUUCAAAUUAUGGGUUCGGGAUUACGUCACCUCAGCGCUGCAGAUGAACCCUGUGAUCAAAAGAUCGACGCGUCUGGGUUCCAGGUCUGAGAAGGAGAAAGAGGAGAGAACUGCAACAGCGGAGAAGCCAAGGGAAAUGAAGCGUGGCUGCAGAAGUACGGCUACCUGCCUCCAGGCGACGUCAGGGCCCAGGCCAUCCGCUCCCCCAAGACCAUUCAGACAGCCAUCGCCGCCAUGCAGAGGUUGUACGGCUUGACCGUCACGGGAUCCAUAGACGCCAACACCUUGGAGGCGAUGGGACGCCCCCGCUGUGGAGUCCCAGACAAGUUCGGCCCGGAGCUGAAAACCAACCUGAGGAGGAAGCGAUACGCUGUGCAGGGGCUGAAGUGGGAGAAACCGGAGGUGACCUUCAGCAUAGAGAACUACACCCCCAAAGUGGGCGAGCGUGCCACGUUCGACGCCAUUAGAAAGGCCUUCAAGGUGUGGGAGAGGGCGAUCCCGCUCACCUUCAGAGAAAUCCCCUUCAGCCAGAUCCGAGGCAAGGUGGACAAGUACGCCGACAUCAUGCUGUCCUUCUCGGAGGGUUUCCACGGCGACAGCACGCCGUUCGACGGCGAGGGCGGCUUCCUGGCUCACGCUUACUUCCCCGGCAACGGCAUCGGCGGAGACACGCACUUUGACCUCGCUGAGCCCUGGACGACGGGGGCGGUCGACCAGGGAGGUAACGAUGUUUUCCUGGUGGCCGUCCAUGAGCUGGGCCACGCUCUGGGCCUGGAGCACUCCAACGACCCCAACGCCAUCAUGGCCCCGUUCUACCAGUGGUUCGAUACGGAAAACUUCCAGCUCCCAGACGACGACCGCAGGGGCAUCCAGGCCAUCUAUGGUGCGUGCAUCCCCCGUGAGCUCAGCCCACACGCGCUGUAUGCUGUAUACGUUGCUAAUCAGGCUAAUUCACCCGCAGGAACCAAGUCCGGGGCGCCGCCUCCGCCCCCUCGACCCACCAAGCCGUCCACCCCCGACCGGCCAACUCACGGCCCGGACAUCUGCGAGGGCCACUUUGACACCAUCGCCGUCCUCCGGGGGGAAAAGUUCGUGUUUAAGGACAAGUGGUUCUGGCGCGUGCGUAACAACAAGGUUCUGCAGGGGUACCCCAUGCCCAUCAACCACUUCUGGAAAGGCCUGCCUUCGAACAUCAACGCCGCCUACGAGAGGAGCGACGGGAAGUUUGUCUUCUUCAAGGGUGACAAAUACUGGGUUUUCAGUGAGUCCACCAUGGACAAGGACUCGCCCAAGAGCCUGACGGACCUUGGCAGCGGUUUACCCAAAGACAAGCUGGAUGCUGCUCUUUUCUACACGCCGACGGGACAGACCUUCUUCUUCAGAGGCAAUAAGUACUACAGGUUCAACGAGGACACCCACAGGGUGGACGCGGGCUACCCUAAACCCAUCAGCACCUGGAGCGGAGCCCCAGACAACAUCAAAGCCGCCAUCAUGAGCGAAGAUGCAUCUUACACCUACUUCUACAAAGCCAACAAGUACUGGAAGUUCAACAACCAGCACAUGAAGGUGGAGGCUGGAUACCCCAAGUCUGUGCUCAGGGACUGGAUGGGCUGCGACAGCGAGGAGCCCAAGAAGGGCCGGGAGGAGGAGGUGAUCAUCAUCGAGAUGGACGAGUCGCGCGGCGGCGGCGCCGGAGCCGUGGCCGUGGUGGUGCCGCUCCUCCUGCUGGUCCUGGUGCUGGCCACACUGGGAGCACUUUUGAUCUUCAGGAAGUACGGCACACCCCGACGCCUGCUCUACUGCCAGAGAUCCCUCCUGGACAAGGUCUAGGCACAGACGCGUGACUGACAGACUCACAGAGGGACGGCCUGAGGGGGGGAGAAGGAGGCGCGAAGGGGAGGACGAGGAGAGUUGAACCAAGGGAAAGACAGGAGGAAUGGGGGUAGAAAGGGGGACCAAGCCCCGGAAACUGAAAUCAGGAAAAAGUGUAUUAGUAUGUUAACUAUUUACAUGUACUGUUCUGUGUUCAGAGAUUUAGAGAUUUCCAGUGUCACAUAGAAAGAAGGGGCUCCUCAGGGCCUCCUCUCACAGCAGCCUUUAAAUAACAUCCCUCCUUCCUUCUCCUACUUUAACUGGACGACUCCGGCUGAACUGCUGUCUGAUUCAUCCGUCUCACCACAGGACGCGUUUGUUUAAAUCUGUGCUUCACUUUGGUCCUCUCAGAAGCGUCAUCUCAAUUUAGACCCUUUCCUCUGUACCACGCGUUCUGUUGCUGAGCCCGGUGGCAAACGCUUGAAGCUCAGCCACGUAACAGCUGUUUAUUCUGCGUAUCAAACCUCCCAGACGUUUGGUUCUGACAGAAAUGUACCCACGACAUCAGACAGCGCUGCCAGAUUUGUAAUAUGUUCCACAUUUAAGUAACUUUUCUGAAAGUUAUUCCACGAUUCUGUCCCAAAUGCUUAACAUUAAAGACGACCGUGCUCAUGGUGUAGUUAUUAUUAUUAUUACUAUAUAUAAACCUAUUGGAUUCUUAUCAUGCAGCUACGUAUGUUAGCUCGUCCCUCAUGCUAAGUGUUAGAAUAAGCAGAUUUAUAAAGUACAGAUGAGACGCCAGCCACACAAACAUCAGGCCGCCGUGAGACCGAACCCAGUCCCUCUGGUACGACAGACUACAAGCAGUCAGACAGGAUAAUUUUAAGGAUGAUUGUUUUUUUUACUACAGAUGACAGCUUUGAAAUCUUGCAGUACAGUUGUUGUUGUUUGUCCACUCGUGUCCAUCAUCGGUACAGUUGUUACAGUUUCGAACAAUCUGGUGCAAUGUUGAAUGGUUAUUGAUGCUGUGGCGAGUUAUUGUUAUUAUAAGUAUGGUUAUUGUUAUUAUUGUUGUCCUGGUAAAGGUUUAAUGAGGUUUUUUUCUUUUUUGCUAUACGUUGUCAUAUGAAGUCCUGCUGGACAGAGGCGUAACAUGACAAUGAUGGAACCGAUCCCAGUUUCCACUCAGCCUGUGGUGAAUCAGAUCCAAUCACAGAUACGCGGGAAUCAGGGGAGCUUCGUUUAAUCCCGAAACAACACGGAAGCUGAGACACAAGAAGAAUCAAUGCUAUUUAUGAUCGUUGACACAGAUGGUGCUCAUAGUCUCUCGAAUUUGAAGGUUAAUUGAUUUAAUCCAUAACAAUGAUAAUGGUAAUGAUAUUUAUAAUGAUGAUUAUGUCAAUCAAAGGGAACAAGAUUCUUUCCUGCCUUUUUCACUUUUGUAUUUCGAACGAUAAAGUGAAAUAAAAUUGUUUUUUUACAAACGUUUACAAA